AUGCCAGAACCUGAUCAGCAAGAGCCAACAGCUCCCGUCAGCGAGGCGAUGGAUACGGGCCUUAAGGAAGCUAGUCUUCCAAGGGGUUCCGAAGUGGAUGAACAGAUUUUCGAAUCUGUCAACACAAAACCUGAAUUCUCUACACAAAACCAGUCAGAAAACAUUGGAGAAGGCGAAGCGAUGGACACUGAUGCUGUCCAUGUUGACAGUGAGGUGUUCCGGAAGCCAGCCGGAUCUGAUGGCCCUGAAGGAUACGUCCAAAAGGGUAAAACUCUGAGAACCAAAACCAAACCAAAACCGAAUGACUCUUUUCUCCCAGAACCCGAGGACGAACGUUUCCAACGCCUUAUGGGACUUCGCGCCUUGGGUGAUACGGGCGCCUUCUGGAGUUGUCCUCCAGUCGACGAAAACAAGGAAAAGGUUGUCAAGCCUAUCGAUCCAAAACCAUGGGAUAUGCAUAUCCCUAAAGGCAUUGUCCAACGUCUGCGCAUCCCGGGCACUGGUGAGAAGACGCCCAUCGCGGUGUACUUCCACGCCAGGUCGCUCAUGACUGAGGAUGUGUACGAAGGACCAAUGCCAGAGUAUCCAAAGUACCUCGACGAUCUGUCGAUUAACUUUCUACUCGAAGUGUCUAUCAGACACAAACUCAGAACCAAUGAAACCUACAAUGCGGUACAUCGUUACCGCUUGAAGGAUUUCAUCUUUAACUUCAGGGAGCAAGUCUCUAACGGAAGGUCAGAGGAUACCAAGCCCACAUUGCAAUAUUUUCUGAGGAACGCUGAGUUGAUGCGAAGUAUCGCUCCUCACCUCUUCUCCAGAAAAGGGGAGACACUGCGCUCAGUUCUCCGUGCAAUGGAUUUGAACCAAGACGAAACCCAGAACCUCUGCGAAACGAUCUACGAGUACCUUGAGGAGAUGAUCCAAUCGGACGUCGAAUCCUUGGUGCCAAUCGCUUACGCUCUAGGAGUCAGCACUAACGUGCUGAGCCUCCUAGGUGAUAUUCAGACAGAACCAGCGACCGCGUGGAAAAUGUUCAUCUGCGACGUUAUGGAGCAAUUCCAAGCGGCAAAGAAGAAACAUCAGACCAUUGUCCCCCCGACGAUGAAAAAACUCAACGCCCGCGUUGCCGCUGAUGCUCAGAACAAUUUGUCGGCGUUUUACGCUGAACGCGAGAAUGCCCGACAAAUAAAAGUGGAGACUGGACAUCUCCGACAAAACAGCUUGUUGUUUCCGGAUAACCCGGAACAAUCGACUGCUAUGUUCGGUGUAGUUCAAACCUCCAGCGACCCAAACGCGAAGUGCUUCUCCCAGGCCAUCACCAACAAGCCGAAGACGAGAUUCUACGACGAGUUCCACCAUCAGCCCAGGCUGGGCAUCUGGCAGCGAACACCAAGAAACUGCAUCACCGUCAAGGGCAAGUACGUCAUCGUCACGCCUCUCGCACUCUCGCAUCGACGGGUCUUCGACAAAACCUACACAGUGGAAGAAAAGCACCACCGUCUGCCCGACGAGUACGCUCGCCAAUGGACAGACGAGUACCGCUUCACUGUACCCCCAGGACCAGGUGAAAAGGGAGCACUUUUGUUCUCUUACUACACCUUUGAUGAGGAUCUUGAGGAACUCAUUUCAAAGGUGUACACCAACGAAGUUGAACCAGUUCACAUAAAACCAGCGCCUCAAGUACAAAAGCCGAACGCCUGUCGUACGUACCCUCUUUGGGACUCGAACCCCCGGUUCAGUGAGGAGCAUAAGAUUACAAGACACAAGAGUGAUGAGUGCCCAAACAUGGCGCUUUUGCCCGUCUGUAGCCACUGCGACAGCGGAGCUCAUCACAGUCCCUGCUGGUGCCCUGCAUGGAAAGUCCAACUCGGUCUAUUCGAUCUGAGCGGUGACGAGUACUACGCCAUGCACUACGAGCUCAUCUCCUGGGACCGAGAUCGGUACCCCAGGACGAGCCGUGAUAUGUUUUUGAAACAGCGCACGAGGAAGAACCGUUUGUUGAUCCUCAACACCGAUGGACAGAGCAAGAAGCCUGAAAACCCGGUGCAGGACAACAACACGGCGAACCCACCCACGCAGCAAGCGGUGAUCGAUCCGCUCGAACAAUUGCUUGCUGACGUGGCCGCCAUCCACGGCCUUGAACCAAAACCAGUGCCCGUCAUGACCAAGAGUCAGAAACGAGCACACAAUACCAGUCUAUCGCAAGACCAGCCGAGCACUAGCAAGGCUCACCAAAGCCCAACACCAUCCACGGAUCGUACCAGAACCGUGUGGAAAAAACCAAAGUCGGCUAAAACGGACCAAAGCGACCGGCCAACAACUUCCGGCGCUCGAAUGUCCCGAAAAGACCGCCGUGAGAGCCACUCUCCGGACCGGUCGAUUCGCCGAAAAGCCAAAACCAAGUCUAAAGAGAGCAAGCCUCUCAAGGACAGGAGCCGUUCCUCCAAAGGAUCCAAAACCUCGACGACCGAGAGGAACAAACUCAAAGUUGUUCAAAAUAUGGAUCUUGGUGCGCCGGUCACUCGCCCCGAGCAACUUGAAUCCAUCGACACAAACCCCGAAGCAGAAGGCUCACCAAACGUGUCUCAAAAGGUCAAUUCGGCCCCGAAAGACACGGUUGGUCCUGUCACGUACUACGAGAUGGACUUCGAUUCGUUCUCCACGUUCAUGCCAACGGACCAACGGCCAAGCGCUACCAGCCAGGCCAGUGAGUACUUCACUGCUACCCAAGACCAGAGCCAAACCGGCGUGCACCAUGAGUCACCAGGUAGCUCGCGACUCGCCAGCUCGUCUACGCGCUCCAGCCGUAGCCAGCCGUCGACCCGCUCCACUGGAGCUUACAAGACCCACUCUGGAGGUUCCCCACCGAUCGGUAGGGGUACUUUCCACCGCCGGCAC